CUCACCAUUACACCACGGCAGCAUCCCUGUGCAUGGUGGGGACAAUGCGAUGUGAUUGCUCAUUGGUUCUGUACUGGAAAUGUGGCUUUCUCCGACUUGUAUUUUUUUCCCAUUCCCAGAAAAUACACCAUGCGGAUGACUGCCAACACACAACCACCGCAUACCUCCGAAACACAAACAUUCCAAACGAUAAAGCCUACCAUACAAAUGAUUAAAAGUUGCUAAAAAUAGCCGUUCUGUCUUCGGCGCAAUCAAGCCGCGUUUUUGCCAGGACCACUCAGAAUUAAGUUGGCUUCCUUGACACCACAGGGGCAGAGCGCGGCCGUGUAAUCCCCAGUGACAUCCAGUGGUUAAAACCAGCCCAGCCAAUUUGCAGAAGGACUGCGGUGGAUUAAACGGUUAUCGCGGAAUAACGCCAACCCGCUCCAGUGGUAUGGAAUGCUUGGCAGUCACAUGACAGCCCAGAGCAUAUAUAAGUGUCUCAACCCAGCACAUUGGGUUUGCACAGACAGAACGCGUGGCGCUGGGUGAGUUCAUUAAUGCGUGCAUUUGUGUACGUGGGGAGGUGUGCGUGUUAAUUUGGGGAGUGGUGGCCUCAAUGUAAGACCACUUUGCUCUGAACGUAGUGAUCCGAGUUGAAUUUCUGCAUGCAGCUUUUAUCAGUGGCUAAUGUCUAAACCUUGAUUCAGCCUUAUGUGAUACAGUUUUGCAUAUGAAUGGAUUAUUUAAUUAAAACAUCUGAAUAUGUGCUUAGAUUGGAAUUAAAUGACGUGAAUUUACUUUUUAUUUGCUUUUCUUCCAUAGGGUAAUAGCAGAGUGUAACAGGAAAAACAUAAAUAAAUUAGUUCAUAACACAAUGAACGAUACAUUGUAUACAAAUGUGCCAAUCAAUAUGUUAUUAUUCGGCACUCUUCUCUCACGAAAAUUCACGAACGACAGUGAGGCCCCGUUCAGCGGAGACAAUGGGAACAUCACGAAUGGCUUUUUUCUCAACUCAUUUGGAAUGGCCGGAAACUUAAACUGGAUCAUUUUUACAGGGUGCCUCGUAAUGCAAUUAUUCAUAAUUGUAGCCAACUGUCUAAUGAUGGCCACCGUCCUGAUAAGCUCGGAGCUGCACGGGUCCAUGUACGUCCUCCUGUGCAGCCUGGCAGUGGCUGACAUCACCGGCAGUGUGACCAUCAUCCCCAAGCAGCUGCAGAUGCUGGCGAGCGGCAGCAACGAGAUUUCCUACGUGGCUUGCAUGGCCCAAGUCUUCUUCAUCAACAUGUAUAUGUGCAACGAAACGCUCUCCCUGUCCUUCAUGUCAAUCGACCGAUACCUGGCCAUUUGCGAACCCCUGCGCUACCACGCCAUCUUCCCCGUGAAGAGGUCGUUGCAAAUAUUGGCACUGGCUUGGUUCUCCACGGCCGUCGUUAACGCGACUCUUUCUGUGCUCAUCGCGAGGCUGCAAAUAAACGAGGACAACAGAUUCAUCGAGAGCCCGUUUUGUUACAACAUGGCCGUUAUUCUCAUAGCUUCCUCUGACACAGGUGCCAGCCAUAAGUACUUGUCGGCAAUCCUGUUGACCUUUGUGGGUCUGCCACCUCUAACGCUGAUGUACUCCUUCACCAAGGUCUGCUUUGAGUUCAGGAAACCAACUUCACCUAAGCUGAGCAAGAAGGCCAGAGACACGCUGGUAACUCAGCUGAUUGUCACCCUCGUUUAUUUCAUCUCCAUCGUGACUGCAAUCCUCCGACUGCGAAUCGCGAAAUUUAACAACAGCAACGUCCACUUCAGGAACAUAAAUCACACCCUCAAAUUUUCCAUCUUCCUGCAACCGGUGGCGAACAUUGUGACGUACUGCCUGCGCGUCACCGCUUUGAGGAGAGCGAUGGUGAGAUCUUGUCAGAAAUGUGCCAUUGGCAUUCGUUGUCUUUUGCAGCCUCAGAGAGUGUGGGCUGCAGUCUGAGGUUGGUUAUUGGAAAAAACAUGUUGCCAUUAUUGAAGGAGGCACAUCUCACAUGGCUCUGAAUUUACGAAGCCACAUCCGUUCAUUUAGACAACUGCGCAACGCUGCAUUGGACAACUACGAUCUAGAGAAAGCUUGAAUUCGAAGUCUUUAUAAACCAAGGUUCAGUUCCGUCAUACAAAUAAUCAUCUGAAUGCCCCAUGGAAGUGGAUGUGCAAUACUUACCCUCAAGGAUCCUUCACUUGCUCCAGGUAUCCAAACGACAGAGGUUGCAAUGAGCAUUACAGAUGAUGCAAAAUUGUUACUUAUUAGCGUUCGGUCACAAUACUAUGCAGCUUUCACUAUAGUCGAGCAUGAAACUUUACAAAAAAUUGUAUAACUAUAUGAAAUGUUACCCUGGUAUAUGGCAAAUCAGAGUCAAAGUGAUUUAUCUUGAGCGUGAGGCCUGUUUACAGCCCUGAGCCAGAUGUGUAAAUUCCACAUGCAUAUGGCGGGGGAUAGUUUAUACAUAGGUCUACCCCUGUUGACCCCACAAAGUUGUAAUUGUUUUGUCGAACCCAAGUGCGAAAUAUAAAAUGACUUUUUAAAACAGACGAGUCAAAAUAUAUAUAUUUUUUUCAGGAGGUCCCUGCAUUGGGGUGUUAAGUCAACAAGCAAUGACAUUGCGUUUUCAGCUGCGGGAAUAAACCAAAAAACCUGGAGGAAACCCACGCCGUACAGGGGGAGAACGCACACAUUCUACAAAAACGGCGUGCGAGCUAUGUUAGGAACCAACCCCAGGUCUUUCUUGCCGUGAGGCACAAUUGUUAGCACUGCACCACCCAGCUGCGUGAAACCAUAACCAGGAUUUGAACUCGUAAGCUUCCAACUGCACCACCGCGCUGGG